AUAUUUUCAAAAUUGUGCCAUUUUUAAAAAGAAUGCCGCCAUCAAACGUUACAAAGUUCCAUUUAUCAAUGAUCUUUGAUCAUGGUUGGACGCUUUGCUGUUAGAUGGCACUGACGAUAUUAAUUCUUUAUGGCGGCUUCCUUUAAAGAAAUCGCCCUUACCAUUUACGCGCCACAUCCUGUUAUAUCACCUAAGACCGGUGUUAUAUCACAACGCUAAAAUUAAUUCUUGCCGUCGACCAUCAGUUCAAUAAUAAACUCAUAUCUUCACAUUGAUCAAAGAUACCCAGAAUUCUUUUCUCAUUCAAGUGGAAGCAAAUGCAACAUGUGUAAAGGUAAGACGAACAACGAUGUCGAAAAUACAACUACUUUCACCAAUGUACCAACAGCAUAACAAGUUCAUUGUACACGCAUAUCAGUACAACGAUAGAGCGAACAGAAAAGCAAUAGGGAGAACUUUCGCUUUCCGUUCGUACAAAAUGCGACCAGCAUUGCGUUCGUUUGACAUUUACUUUCGCCGCCGAAAACGACGAAGCUUUCGCGCUCUAUCGAUAAUCAUGGUGUUUAUGGGUAAAAUUUAACGGUAUUGUCACUCCAUCGGUAAACAUAUGCAAAAUUAUUCACGGUACUUGCAACAUCAAUGCGAAUUCAGGUACUCUGGUGCUCUAUAUGCACCGUUUCACCUGGACGUUGCAGGAAAAGGAGAAGGAAGGAGCGAGCGAAAGAUGCCACGGAGUCGAGGCUGCAAGUGCUCCUCAAGGAUGGAUCGAACACCUUGAUGGACUUUGAAUGGCUCCAACCAAAGCUACCACCCUUCUUCGACGAAAAGAAAUUUCUACUUGGUCAAAGGAUGUUUUAUAACAACCCUUUUACCAUGAUGAUCGCUAAACUGUGCGGCCUGGUAAUUCUAUUCGCUAUACCGUCAAUCAAGGACGUUCUAUUGUUCACCAGACAAAGUAGCACGCAGUGUGCUGCGUUUCGUAGAUACGUAUCCACGAUUCUGCACACUUGGACCUGGUAUGGAAAAAGAGCUGGCAUUGAGAAAGAGUUUCUCGAUUCUCUGAAAAUCGUACGGAAAAAACACUGCGUAGCGUUUCGAAGAAGCUCGGAAGCUGGCCUCCAGAAGAUCUCGCAAUUGGAUAUGGCAUUGACUCAAUUCGGAUUCAUGGGUUUCACCCUUCUGAGCGGCGACUAUCUCGGGGUGAAUAACAAUUCCGAGGAACUCGAAGGACUGAUUCAUUUCUGGCGUGUUAUUGGCAGCAUGCUCGGCAUGGAAGACAAGUACAACAUAUGUAGCGGAAACGUUGAAGAGGUACGUGCACUUUGCAGACGACUCUUGGACGAGAUAUUCCUGCCCGCUCUGGCACGUGGUAACAAAGAUUUCGAUAAGAUGAGUUACCUUCUGAUCGAAUCUCUAUGGCCAAUAAAUCCUUUUAUCGAACCAAGUGCCUUUGUCGCAUUCACUUUUAUUCUGGCAUCUUCUUCCGCCACGAAUAACAAUCAUUCUUUAAAAAUAGACACGUCCAGCAUGUCGUGGUAUAGCAGAUUCAUAUUGAAUCUUCAACUGAUCGUUCAUAAAUAUUUGCUGCAGUCCACGUACUGGUGGUCAUCACUGUUCAGAAUGUACUUCAAUGGCCAUAUGCGUAUAGCCAUGUAUCUAACCGAGAAGUUGCCGUUCUUAGCCUUCUGGAGUCUGGGUAUUAAGAAUUCUUACGUUGACAUAUACAAAUAUCCUGUCAACUGAGCUUAAACGACUCGUUCUCGAUGGUGUUAUCAUCAGAAAAAGCGCGAAGUUGUUUCUUCCGCUGAGAUUGUACAUAAUUUGACAUAAAAGCGUUGCGUCACUGUGUGGAGUUAAUUAAUGUACUAAUCAGGGUAUGCGAAAAAGCAAUGAUUUAUGGAUGACUUCCUAAGAGCAGAGAUUCUUUUAUCUUAACAGAAGUUAUUUCUGAAAUCUUCAAUUGACUUUUGCAUAUCAUAUAAGAACUACCGUAUAUUUUGUAUUGUACUAAAAACUACAGUGAAUCAGAAAGAUAUUGGUAUGUUUUGCUUUCUUGAAAUUAUUUUAUUUAAAAAAAAAGUAGAUAUCAUAUUGCGUUACUGAAGUACCAUAGUAAAAAUGGUAUAGUAAUAUUAUUUUAAUCAAUUAUCACCUGGUCUGCUAAUGCUAUUUUCGAUCCACUCUAGUAAACAUGAAACUUUGAAGCUUAACUUACACUUAGGGAAUAAGAAUAAACUAUGUGUUCAACUUAGAAAUAAUCUUGAGUACUUGCGGAAAGAGGAGUGAAUGAACGUAUGGAGAAUAAUAUUCAGAAACUACACCUAGAGAUAAGGAUAUAUAUUUUUUAUACCAACAUGAAAAAUGUAAAUACAGACACAGUAAGGUACGAAGCAUGUGUAAUCACAAUUAUUCUUGUACCUAUGUUCAUUUUAAUAAAUUAAUUGAUCGAA